AUGACGGAAAUGGAAUCCUACGCAUGGAAUUGUCCUUGCGGACGGCUUUGCGGCAAAAAACAUGCGCAUUGUCCGGACUGCAAAGGGCACUGGACCGCAGGCACUCCCCAUUCAAACAGGCCCAAGUCGCCAAGGGCCUAUGCCAAUCAGGAGGAUUGGUCAUGGGAAUGGUCAGCCGACCACCAGAAGAGGGGGCGAGGUGCCAAACAAGGUCAGAAAGCGUGGACGAGGAGCGCGAGUGCAAGAGCAAGGGCAGGCAAAGGCAAAGGGAAGGGGAAAAACGCUUCCACACCUUGGCCAUCGCCGGAAACCACUCUUGCAUUUCCGACGCCAUUCCCACAGCAGACCCCUACUGCGCCGGCUUCAACGGCACAGAGCUCAGAUGCCAACGACAUCGAGCUUAUGUUGGCUGUAAAGGAGCAGUACCCCGACAUCACCAAGGCACCAGCCAGGAUCCAACUAGCUGUGGCCAAGGCAGAAAAGAAGACUACGCCAAAGCAAUUGACGUCAGGUCUUCACAAGACAUCGAGUGCAGUCGGGAACGCCACCAAGGAGUUGCAAGCCCUCAAGGAUGCAAAGGCCAAGCACAGAGAGCGCUGGCUCAAGCAUUUGCACGAAUCAGUGCAAUGCUGGGAACAGCAACUCAAGCUCUAUUCGGAGCAGCAGCACAACUACAAUGGCCUCAUCAAAAAGGAUACAAAAUAUGCAGACACAGAAGCAGCAGCCCUGGCUGCCCAAGUCCAACAGGUCCUGCAGGCCUGUGCCAAGGUCGCUCGAACCAUUUGGUGGACCACCUGCUGGUGCGCCUGGUAUGUGAGCAUUGGCAGCGAGACUACAUGUCUUCUCAAUGAGAAUGAGUUGCGUGGGCCUUGCAAUGGCGACACAACACAGGCCAUUGGUGCUGAUGCCUACCUCUUUGGUGAAUGGGGUGCAGCAAGCAACAUGGAUCUGUUGGCGUCUUUUACCUGUCCCUUGACAGCCUGUCACAGUGCUAUCUGGGACCCUUCAAUCCUCUUCAUGGACACAUUCACUGCAUUGGGUCGAGCUGUACAUCUUCGAGGAGAAGUACUACUGGCCUCUUGCUUGUCGGCGUCACCGGCCGUUCCCAUCACCACCUCUUCCAGUUCGAUUAUGUCUGAGCGCAAAUCUUCUUGCCGCAAAUCGGCUUUGACGAAAACAUGCAACAAAGUUCAUUUUUGCAACUUCAUAGAAGCUUACCAAGUGACUGGCUUUGCAUCGAUUGAACCCCUGAAUGUGACAGAGGUCUUUGAUGAGAUCAGCUUGAUGGCACGUGUGCCAACACAACGGCCACCAUCGGUGAGCUCCUACACGGACUCAGAUCUUGAGAUACAUCCUCCAACAUCACCGGAAUCCUUUGAAGAAGCCUACAUGUGGAAUUCUGUUCAAGUUUUCGAUAUGAGAGGCAACCAGGAUUUGGAUCGAGCCCAUGUUCAUCCAUACCUGUUGUUAGGGCAUGAAGAUCUCUUUGAUGGAGAUGAACGCAUUGCUGUGUUGAUUGACCUCGAACUGCAUGGGCCCAAUUUUGAGUCCAUCAUUGAGACAGACCGCUACACCACCUUUGUGCCACCACACAUCCACAGAGAGUUUCUCUUGCGAUUGGCUGGGGUUGCUUCUUACUGCCAGCUGCAAAAGGACAGAUAUUUGGUUUGGCAUCAAGGGAACCUGGUUGCCAAGCAGUCAAGUGCGUUGCUUCAAGUACAUCAUUGUGACUACUUACGCAUUGCUGCACCCCCAUUUGAGGAACCUUCCAUCCCGACACACUUCGCUGUGCGUGCUUGUCAAGCGGGUUUUGAUCGUGAUCAGUUGAUUUCACAUUUUCAACAGUAUGGAGCUGAUGAUGAAAGCCUUUACACAAUGAUCACGAAUGAACAGAACACGCCUGAGGUGGAAGGACAGACCAACACUACGCAUGAAGAACAUGACCAGUUGAGCUACUUGCAAACUGCUUUCCGACAGCUGCCGGCAUGUCUCAUCUCAAGCAAGCCACCAGGACAAGAUCAACAAGGAAAUGUCUCCUGCAGCCUCACAGAAGAGUUCCUUCAAGCAAUCCGAGCUCGAAGCCAACUUACUGAGGAACUGCCACAGGGACCUCCACCUUUCCCAGAUCUCUCAACUGCUCCUGCUUUUGUACGACAAUUGCACGAGGCUCACUAUCAGGCUACUGCGGGCGCGCCCCCAACUGCCGACCAACAAGAGCUACGAGUUGAAACCUGGUUCACAGAUCAUGCACGACUACAACGCUGCCAUAUCCCCCGGUUAGUCCGGCUUGGUCCUGACUUCCGAACCUGGGAGCAGCAGAUUCGGCUUGAAUGGAUCGACCAUAUCGAUCUUCGAUCAGAGGUUGAAUUCUACGUUGUGCACCCAAUCCCUGAAGACAAGGAUCCAACAGCAGUGGCACAGCUCAUACUGGUCCAACAUGCUGACAUGCGACAGAGCUCUAUUGUGCUUUCCAUAUAUGAUCGGGCGUACGAUGGAGGCCGACCCCAUUCACACGCAGUUGUUACUGCUGACAGGGUCAGCUUGCAAUCCAUCAUCUCGAUUGCAGAAUUCAGUGAACACUGCCCGCCCGAAGCGCCACUGAAUGACUGCCAUCUCCGAUUUGGGGAGAUCGUUGUACAACCAUAUCAACGAGUCGCAGUACGACAUGGAUUUGCACUCCAACUGCACAUCAACCGGCCUAGAGAAUUUGACGUUACCGAAAUGGCAGCUAUGAAUGAGGAUGAACUCAGGGACGCGUUGGCACAGGCCUUCUCCGAUGCCUCGCACUACAUGAACACUUUCUCUACGGCAAAUGUUACAAUGAGUGAAACCAUUGUGCCUGUCGAUGAACACUGGCUACCUGACUGGCACAACAGUCUGCUGACAGCCAUUGACGCUGAUGGGCAUCAGGCACUGCGAGAUGGUUCAGCAGUAUAUGUCGACACAUGGAUUGGAGAUGGGGAUUUACUCACCAUUGAAGCCCGUCCGCCUGACAUCGGCCAGGAAGAGGAGACUGUUGGUCUUCUGCAAACUACAAUGGAGCCACAAGUGAUUGAUUGCGAAGACAAACAACGCUCUGGUUUCCACAAGAUCCCACUCUUCCUUUUGCAGUCGCAACCACCAAAUACCAGCCUGAAAAAUGACGCUCCUUUGCAAGAAGCACCGCAGUUUAUGCGCUCGACUGACGGUGAGCGGCCAGCACACACUGAUGAUGCUGCACAACAAUUUCUUCCUGCAGGACUUUCAGCUCUGCGAGAGGCAUUUGGCUUGCACGCUGCAGUUGAAGUUGAAGAAGAAGGGCAAGUUGGCUUUGUGGAAACCUGGUUUCUUACUGGUGAGCGAGCAUAUGUCACUGAAGAGUCACGCACUCUACGCCUUGACGAUCAGCACCAUGAAUGGGAAUCUCAGCUGAGGGAUCUGUGGCGCGACGUGAUUGAUCGUGCACAACCAACCCAGUUUUACUGGGUCACUCCAAGACCAGCUGAACUCCCUACUCAAGCUCGACUUGGACAUCUGAUUGUUGCCCAAGUGCAAACACAAGCAGUAGUACCAGUACACUUUACCAUCCAGUCUGCUGGCCUAGGGCAUCAAGUGAUCAAGUUUGCUGCGGCACUACUAGCCGUCCCUGUCCGGUUUCAAGCUACCAGAGACUUGCUUCAGCUAGCACGGUUAUGCCUCAAUCGACGAUGUCGUUUGAAAUGGCGUGAACUUGUUUGGAGUGCUGAUGAUGCAGUACGGGUUCCAGCUGGCAGUGGUUUAGAAUUUCUUCUUGACAGUGUCCAUGAUCGAGUUGGAGAGGAUGACGUUAUCAAUCCUGAUCUGCCAACUACAGAUCUCGAGCCACCUGAACCACUUCCACCAGCACACCCACCUCUACAUGAGCACUCUGCGUUCAUCCAAGAACUGCAUGACCGCUGGCUUGAUUCGGCCAUAGCGGGACCAGGUGGCCUUGAGCACAUCCUCCGAGUCCAGACCUGGUAUCUCGAGGGCGGCUACAUCCGUCACAACGAUGAACAGCGAACAGCAGUCCUUGGGGAAGACUUCUGGGAGUGGGAAGACGGUUGUUUACUCCUUCCCAAGCCGGUGACGUUGCAUGAGUCGGGCUGGACGUUGAGCUGCUGGAUCCUGGCGCCGAUCCACGGUGGUGCCCGGGCCUCGGCCCGGCACCUGCUGGACGGCGGCAGCGCGGAGGAGCGCGUCAUGGUGGCGCUGGUGCGCGGCAAGCUGCGUAACAUCGCGGAAGGAAAUUAUCUCCGCGGAUUCAACAUCAGCACACUCUCUGAGGGCUGGCAUCACCUCGCUGUCGUGGGUAAAGGCAGUGUGACGACGUAUUGGAUGGACGGCAAAUUGCUGGGUCAGAAGUAUGGCGUCACCACGGGGCUCAUCCAAGCCAUCGCAAAUUCCCGGGGCCAACGCAAUGCCUGGGGUUAUUUGGCGGACUUCCAUAUCUUCGGCAUGGCAGCAGAUCGCUUGCAGAUUGAAGGUCUCUACAUCGCGGGUGGCGGAAGUCCUAGCGAUGAUGCCGAGUCCUGGCAGGACGCCAUUGUCCGGCAGAACAAUGAGGUGGAGUCUGAGGACAGCAUGAGCAGCUAUUCCUCCUUGCAGAGCUACAUGGAUAGCGAUUUCAGUGACGUCGGUUAAAGCAUCGGCGGUUGCGAAGCGUUAAAGCGAAGGGUGGGGAACACGAUUGAAAACGAACUUGCGC